CGAAAUGAAACAAAUGUGACAGUUACAUGUUUGUGGUUUGUUUCUGUGCUUAAGUAUAUUUUAUUUUGCUUGUCAUUCCUGCAUUUGUUGGUUAGCGGCGACGGACAGUGAUAUUGCAACUUGUAGAAAAUGUUUCGAAAUCAAUACGAUAGCGACGUGACCGUAUGGAGCCCUCAGGGCCGGCUGCAUCAGGUCGAGUAUGCGAUGGAAGCGGUCAAGCUAGGCUCAGCCACCGUAGGUUUGAAGAACAAAGAUUAUGCGGUAUUGAUUGCUCUCAAGCGCGCGUCAUCGGAACUGUCGUCAUACCAGAAAAAAAUUAUUCCUAUUGAUGACCAUCUCGGCAUAUCUAUAGCUGGAAUUACGGCGGAUGCUAGAAUUCUCAGCCGAUAUAUGCGCCAAGAAUGCCUUAACUACAAAUAUUCGUAUGAUGAUAACUAUCCGGUAGGCCGUCUGAUUGCCAAUGUGGGCAACAAAAUGCAAGUUUGCACUCAACGAUACGAUCGGCGCCCGUAUGGUGUUGGAUUGCUGGUAGCCGGCUACGACGACCAGGGACCACAUAUCUAUCAAACCUGUCCCAGUGCUAAUUUCUUUGAUUGCAAAGCCAUGUCCAUCGGAUCUCGGUCGCAAAGUGCUCGCACCUAUUUGGAAAAGCAUUUAAACCAGUUUCCAGACUGCAGCAAGGAAGAAUUGAUUCGUCACGGUGUUCAAGCUUUACAGGACACCUUACCAAACGAAGUGGAGCUCAAUAACAAGAAUAUUUCGAUCGCUAUCGUUGGAAAGGACGAAAACUUCCACAUCCUUGGGGAGAACGAAAAUGGUCAAUACCUAACCAACAUAGUGCGUCGCGGUGGCGGAGGUUCCGGUCAGGCAGCCUCUAGCGGUGGUCAACCUCCAGCAGAUGAUGAUCAACCGCAACCCCCAAACGAACCGACGGAGCCGAUCCCAGCCGUUGCGAUGGAAACAUAAAUCGUGAAAGCACCGAGAUAAUGGAUGUGGAAUCUGCUUCGGUUAUUUGCCGUGGUCGGAAUCCAUGUUUCUUAUUGCACGAUUCCGCAAGAACACCGUUUUCAACAGGAUGGAUGUUUUACUGGGUGGGGGUUUGAAAAAGGAGAUUUCGCUUUUUUUAACUCCCACCCAAGAAGUGCGGGAUUGAGGAUUGCUGUUUAAUAAUAACAGUCGAUGAUAUUGCUUUUCACAAAUAUAUUACGAAAUUUAUUAA